AAUUUUCUGCACUGCUUGAAAUAAUUAAUUCAUCGUAGUGGAAUGAGUGGAUUAAACAAUAUUACAUAAUUAUUAUUUAUUUUCCGUAUUUAUUGAACUGUAACGCAAAUUACCGUUUUGUGUAAUUUUUUUUUGCUAACUAUGGCUGGUUUAAGUGUUGCUGAGAUGUCUGCUUUGCGUUUUUUGAAACAGACAUUCGGACAGCAGGUCAAGCAAUUGCACGUAUCGGCCGCUUUGACCGCUGACAAACCGGCUCAAGAUAAAACGCCAAGAAUAAAAAAAGUCCAGGUUUACAGAUGGAAUCCAGACACACCCGACGUCAAGCCUAAAAUGCAAGAAUACAAAGUUGACUUGAGCAAUUGUGGGCCUAUGGUGUUGGAUGUCCUAAUUAAGAUCAAGAACAGUGAGGAUUCUACGUUGACGUUCAGACGAUCAUGCCGCGAGGGCAUUUGCGGUUCUUGCGCAAUGAACAUUGGCGGAGUAAACACAUUGGCUUGUAUUAGUGCCAUCAACCAAGAUUUGUCGAAACCGCUGAAGAUAUAUCCUCUUCCACAUAUGUACGUUGUCAAGGAUUUGGUUCCUGACAUGAAAUUGUUCUACAAACAAUACGCUUCAAUCGAGCCAUGGCUACACAGCGACGGUAAUCCCAGUUCUAAGAAAGAACAUUUACAGCAUACUUACGAUAGAGAGAAGCUUGAUGGUUUAUACGAAUGCAUAUUGUGUGCUUGUUGCUCGACAUCCUGUCCUUCUUACUGGUGGAACUCUGAGAAAUAUCUUGGACCCGCUGUACUCAUGCAGGCGUAUCGUUGGAUAAUCGAUUCUAGAGACACUGCAACGACUGAGCGUUUGGACAAACUGAGAGAUCCUUUUUCAGUUUUCAGAUGUCACACGAUAAUGAACUGUACCAAAACAUGCCCAAAGGGAUUAAAUCCAGGAAGAGCAGUUGCUCGUAUCAAGACUCUAUUGUCGGGGGUAGCGAGCAAGGAAGAACCAAAAGCUAUUAAGCAAUAGAACGAUCGCUUUUGUUAGUAUUAGUUAAUUGUAAUCAUUAUAUGUUAUAAUAUUUCUUCUGGACUAUGUAUACAUAUGUAAUUAACCCCGUUAUUUUUGAACGUAGCUUCAAAAUAUGAAUGUAAAUUUAUUAAUUAAUUAUUUAUUACAUUAAUUAAUUAAUUAUUUAUUACAAGUUAGAAAAAAAAAUAUAAUGUUAUACAUCACGCUUCA